CCAUGGCUUAUUUUGCGCCGUGUGUUUUUCUGCGUUUCAUUUCCAGAGGCUUCGCAGCGCGUCCUGGUGCGGUGGAUUACAGACUUCCUCAUAUUUGCGCGUGUAUGGAUCAGAAAAACACGCCUGUCUGCUGACACACCGCGUCCCUGCUCUCAGGACAGAUAUCUACAUUCUUAAUUUGUAUUUUUUAUUUUUUUUUUUUGCAGUAGAAAUGGAGCUCCCUGCGGCGGGAGAGCAAGUGUUCGCCGUGGAGAGCAUCGAGAAGAGACGCGUCCGAAAGGGAAGGUUUGAGUACCUGGUGAAGUGGAGAGGCUGGUCUCCAAAGUACAACACGUGGGAACCGGAGGAAAACAUCCUCGACCCGCGCCUGCUCGUCGCGUUCCAGCACAGGGAGCGCGAGGAGCAGCUGAUGGGAUACCGCAAGAGAGGCCCGAAACCGAAAAACUUUCUCAACCAGGUCCCGUCAUUCGCCUGGAGAUCCAGUGUUCUUUCUGACCUCCACGAUGCAUCGCAGGACAACAGGAUCUGCGUCAAAACGUCUGCUGAUCCGAUGCAGAUGCAGCAGUACCAUCUGGAGAGCAGGAGGAAGCACCCGUACCAGAGCCUGGAUGAUGUCCUGAUCAACGGGAAGCAUGAGAAGAAGCAGUACUACCAGCUCAACGGCAAAAAGCACCACCAGUACCAACCCAACCCCAAACUGUACCAGCAGGAGCAGGCACAGGAACCGGGUUCGGGACAUCACAGCGACGUGAAGGCCGUCAGCAUGGAGCUCGAGAAGGUUCUGGAUGGUGGAAAGGGAGAAUCGGAGCUCAGUAUGGAGAGCACGAGACCUGUGAACGGAAUAAGCAGCAAACUGAAAAUUGUGAAGAACAAGAAUAAAAAUGGACGAAUCGUCAUUGUGAUGAGUGGGGUGAAGCAGAACGAGCCGUCGGAGAGGGGAACCAAUUACGCAAACGGCGCUGUGGAGAAAACCAAACACUCUGAGACAAACGGGUUUGAAAAUGGCUACCACAAGGAUGACAGAAAUGGACAAGUCCACCGUGCAGGAUUUGAAGAAUUCCAGAAUGUGGAAACAUCAUCACAGCUGAUGAAAAAAUCCCGUCCAAAUUCCUCUGAAAAUGUCGUCCUUAAGCGGUGUCACUCGGAACCUUCCGGCGACCGGCAGAACGCUAAAAGCUUCCUGAGCUGUCGGAGCAUUAGUGCACCAAACGCGAGCUCGAGUCAGGGUCAGAGCAACGUCACCAGCCUUAACGGACACCACAGCUUAACUUCUGAACUCUCAGACUCGUUUCAGGACGAGCCGAUGGAUCUGAGCUUCACGGGUUCCCGAGGAGCGAGGAACACCAUCACGGACUGUCGGACAAACGGACGCUCAAACUCGGCUGAGAAAGAGACGACGCCUUCUACACAGGAACCUGAACGUGCUCCGAGUUUCGCGCCUUUUCUCGGGAAUAUAAUCAUCACGGAUGUGACGGCGAACUGCCUCACGGUGACUUUCAAGGAAUACGUACCUGUCGAGAACCAAUCACAGGACGUUAUAAUCGCAUCAGCCACUGAAGAUGGAUAGGAGGCAGGGCCUAACGCACUUUCCGUUCAAUAAGUCGCAAGAACCUCCUCCAGCGUUAACAAAUGAAUUUAAUUUAUUGCAGACUAUUAGAUUCACCUGCUGCUAUUAAUAUUUAAUCUUUUUAAUGUAAUGUGUAAUUAAUAGGGGUGUAACAAUAUGGCGUGUCAUAUCGUUUUGUUCGGUACGAUGCUCACGAUUCGAUUUGUCUGUGUAUCGAACAAUACAUUCAACACUGUGUGUGAUGAUAAACGUAGGCUACUCGACAUAAAGUACUUUUAAAUAAAGUACUUUUAAAAAUAACAUUUAAACUUAAUCAAGCCCAAGUAGUAACUUCCUCUUAAUCUCGAACCAGGGGAGGCUACGGGGUGAAAAUAAACACACUUUCCCUAAUCACGCUGCUUUUCACGAGCUAAUAUGCUAGCAAACUACCAUACUAACAUACUAGCAUACUAGCCAGCACUAAUAUUAGUGCAUCUACACCAACGUUAUGCAAACGAAACACACACACACACACACACACACACACUGCUGAUUCAGUCCGAGUUUAGGCAGCGAUUGGGAAGUUCAUAGCUGCAGAUACGAGACUGUACUCGGUAUAGCAUUCAAAAACACAUUUGUCCUACAGAGAGCUGCGUAAAUUCAGACACGCCCCCUUGAGGGUCACACCAGCAGGAUUGCCAAGUCUGAGGUUUUUACACCCGAGGUGGAAAAGGAAGUCGGUUAAGGCACAUUGACUCAGAAAAUGAAAUAAAAUGCGACUCCUCCUCCCACUUCCUGAACUUUUUUCUCCCACUUCCUGAAUUUUUUGGGUUCGUUUCAGGUGUUUGAGAUGUACUUUGGGUGAAAACCUGGCAGAGAACUGGCAACCCUGCACAUCAGUGAAUUGUUUAGCCAUGUUUGUUCCAUUUUAAUGCACGCUGCUAAGAGCUGCUAAGAGCACACUGAACAGAUCGCACAAACACUGUCAUUAUUUUCAGUUAUUAUACUUUUAUAAUCAAUUGAAAAUGGAAACCUAAGGCAUAUUUUCUGGCAAUUUUUAUUUUUGCUGUUUCGAAAAUGAAAAACUAUCGAGCUGCCACUGAAUCGUGGUAUCGUAUUUGUAAUUUGUGUAUUGUUACACCCUUCAUAAUUCAUGUGGAAAUGAACCUGGAUAAAACUAAGCGACUCUAAAACACACCAUCACAAAUUUGUUUGUGAAACAAACAAUUAAAAUAUUUAUCACAAAUUUUUAUUUUGACGUUGCCUAGAACCUAAUCUGUGCUGUUUUUCAGUCUGCAUUAUUUAUGUGCGUAGAUUAAAUCUUUCUACUUUUUUUUUUUUUGUAAUUCGUUAUGGUAUUUUCUGAUAUGAGGAUAACGUACUAAAAACGUUCAACAUAUUUAAAGAUAAGCAAAUUAUUCUAAAUUGCAUUUUUACAUAAUAACACAAGAUAAAAUUUUUAAAAAUGAAUGAAUUAAAUAUAGCAGCGUCCAUGACGUGUCUUCCAUGACGUCUUCAGAAGGUACUAAAUUUUAACAAAAAGUACAAAAACAUGUGAGAUGCUAAGAAUAUUACAGAAUUUUUGCUUGUGCCUAAUUUGCAAAAACGGGUUGAUUUUUGAGUCUGCUUGUUUCUGUUGCAUUUUCAUUUGUCUAAUGUAUAAUUUUUUUAAGCACUUAUGUAUGUAAAUCUAACCAUUUUAAAUGUUCUGUAAAGUUGCUUUUACACACCAGGUGUGUUCUAGACUACUAUCUCAGCACAAUAAAAGCUUAUUUUUGUGUGAUAAUAGA